GCGACGCAGCGGUCUGUGCCGGCGAGGACUGCGUAAUCCAGCAUGGCGGACGAGACGGUGCUGCUGCGAGUGAGCCGGGGCGAGCUGCGCGGACGGCGCAGGCGCACCGCCUGGGGGUUCCCCUACGUCUCCUUCCAGGGAAUCCCCUACGCCCAGCCACCGGUCGGGCCUCUUCGCUUCAAACCCCCACAACCUGCUGGCGCCUGGACAGGCGUAUUUGAUGCCACCAAACAGGGGAACGUCGAGUCACAGCUGAACAUCAGCACAGGCAAAUACGAGGGGCAGGAGGACUGCCUCUUCAUCAAUGUCUUCACUCCCAAGCUACCUUCAGAAGGGGCCCGUGGCCUACCCGUCAUGUUCUUGAUACACGGAGGUGGACUGUCUGCCUUCUCGGGCAAUGAAGAGUGGUUCGGGCCAGAUCUGCUCAUUCAGCAUGGCAUCGUCAUGGUCACGUUCAACUACCGGCUAGGGGUGCUUGGUUUCCUGAGUACAGGGGACAACGUGGUUCCUGGUAACAUGGGCUUCAAGGACCAGGUGUUGGCGCUGCAGUGGGUUCGGGACAACAUCUCCAGCUUCGGAGGCGACCCCGACAACGUCACCAUCUUCGGGUGCAGCGCUGGCGGCUGGUCCACCCACGCCCUCGUCCUCUCUCCAAUGGCAAAGGGUCUGUUCCGGAGAGCCAUCGCCCAGAGUGGAGUGGCGACCGGAGAUGGGCCGUUCACGAAAGACGUGCGUGCGAGGUCCUUCUUACUGGGAGAGCACCUCGGCCUGAAGACGCAGGACUCCAAGGAGCUGGUGGAGUUCCUCAGGAAGCAGCCUGACAGGCUACUGCAGGAGAGCGCCCUAUUCGGCCGUACAGAAGAGGACAAGGCCCGCAGCUGGAUCUUCCCGUUCGUGGGCACCCUGGAGCCCCCAGACGCCGAGGGCGGAGCCUUCAUGACGCGCCACCCCACAGACAUCAUGCUCAGCGGGGACUUCCAGCCAGUUCCGUUCAUCGUCGGCGUCUGCGACUUCGAAGGAUCGGUCACCGCCACAGUGGCGAUGCUGGAGAGGGAGAUGGUGUCCAGAGUGGCGCACUGCCCCCGCCUGCUCCUGCCCGGCGACCUGCGCUGCAGUGAAGCCGAGAAGGAUACCGUGGCUGAGGAGGUCCGCCGCUUCUACUUCGGCGACCGCCAGAUCGGGCCCGAGACCGAGAAACAGUUUUACGACCUGUAUGGAGAUACGAUGUUCGCCUGUGCUGCAGUCAGGGCGGCGAAAGUGCACAGUGCCAAGUCUUCCCAGCCGGUCUACUUCUACAACUUCGACAUCCAGCGAGAGCUUGUUCCACAAGGACCUCUUAUGGCCCAGUUGGCGCAGUCCAUGGAUAAACUCAAAGGAACCGGUCAUGGAGCAGAUAUGGCGUUCUUGUUCCGCAACAUCAUGUUUGGAGAACCGCCAGAGAAGGAUUCCGAGGACGGGAAAAUUGCCAUGAAGAUGACUCGCCUGUGGACCAACUUCGCCAAGACUGGGCAACCGACAGAUCCUGAGCUGGACGUCUCGUGGCCGGCGUUCACGGUGGACGACCCCGCCUACCUGUACGUAGGGCGGCAGGGGUUCAUCGUGGAGCGGCGGCCCUUCGCCGAAAGGGCGGCGUUCUGGGAGGCCCUGUACCAGCGCUACGGCGGCUAGGGACAGCACACAGCGCCCCCACCCUGCAGCGAGUAGCAGUGCCCUCUUCCAACACUCUCAGCUCUCUCCGCAUGUUAUCCACGUCAGUAGAUAGUUAAUGCGCCUUCUGGAACACGUUGAGGACGUAUAUAUAUGCAGCGCGGACGCUUAACGCCAUCUCACCGUACCCAUCUGAGUCAUCACGCUCUGGAAGUUGUCCAAGGUCAGACAGCUGGUCAGAUGAAUCGGUUACGUACGCACACACACACACACACGAACAACAACAAAACACGUGUGAAUCAGCAUAUUUUGCAUGUUGUGGUUAUUUUAUUUCUUCAAAUUAAUCCAGCUGUUGUGUGAAUUGCUGAAUCAGAGCCAUUUUACCAAAGUUUUGUUUCCUUUUUUGUGUAUGAGUUUUUCAACAAGAUAUGCCGAUGGAUAUUUGGUUUUUGUAGCUAUGCAGCGUAGAAAGCUCCAGCUAUGGGCUGAGACUUGUAAUCUUCGAGGAAAUACGUUCUUGCGUUAGUUUCUUGUACCUUACGUAUUCUGAAAAUUUCCAUGGACCAAUUUGCAGUGUAUCCUUUGUCAAAGACAACCUUCUGUUUACUAAUUCUGACAAUCACCAAUUUUGAAUAUCGACCGGUGUGGAUCAAUCAUUAUGAUUUUAUUGUACACAGUAGAUGGAAGACUAUCAUGUUUUACGUCCACUGGCCGUGUUUUAAUUGUCCUGUAUUUUGUGUGAUUAUAUUGCUUUACUAAUCCGUGUACAGUAUAUUUUUACAACGUUAUCAAGAGAAAUUUCUGCAUACAACUUGAAAAAUGACAAUGACAAUCCAACAAAAAAAAAAAAAAAAGGAUUUGAGUAUCG